AUGUUGAGAAGAACAGCAGCUUCAUCGUCAACUCCUUCACGGAAACCGUCGAAUAACAAGAGGCUCAACACCGCAACCUCCCGAAGUAAGAGCAACCGGAACUCGAAUUAUUCCUUUCUGAAUCCCGCUUUGGCCAUUCUCCUGGUAGCCGUGAUUAUCCUUGGCCUUUCGUGGUACCUCUUUCCUUCGGAGACUUUACAAGUUGAGAAAAAGUUGGAACAAGAGGCACAAUAUGUUGGUCAUCGAGUCGCGGAAAAUGCCAUGAAUGCCGAACACAAUAUGGAGCAUUGGUGGCAAAGUCGUGGGAGUGGUGCUGCUAGUGCGGAUAAUAAUAACAAUGGCAAUAACGGCAAUGAUAAUCCGGGCAUGAAUGCUGCCACGGCACGCAUGAUGGCCCAACCGAGUAAAUGGGUGGAUGGUGAAAAAGCACUCAAGAAACAGCUCAAAGAAUUGCUAGCCAUACAAGAAAAUGGAGAACUGCUGGGAGUGCCAGUGUUGACUCGGUAUUUGGGAGAAGACUUUCCAGCCUGGGUUGGAAAGGAUGUAAAUGAAGAGGAAUGGAAACAAAAUGUAGCAGAUAAAUACAAGGAAAUGAGGGAAGAAGAAGAUGAAUGGAGAAAAGAAAUGAAGAAGAUAAUAGAUACGAAAGUAGAUUUAGUUUGA